AUGGAGUCUCUGUGGCAGCGAGGCAUCGAAGCCGAGUGGAAAGAUGUCCGAGAUAUCCCGUCAACGCCUCUUCAGCAGGUGGCGAUGGCGAUACUGUUCCUAUUCACCUUUACAGCAUUACUGAGCUACGUUUUGAGAAUGUACAGCAAGUUCACCACAAAACAGAUUGGCCUCGACGACUACUUCAUGACCGGUGCAAUGCUCUUCUCUCUCGCGCUGCUCGUUCCGACGUACAUGUUCUUCAAGUACUACUACAUCGGUUUUCCAACGUCGUCGCUGCCCGCCGACUGGGACCCGGCGCCGAUGCUGUUCUGGAAUUGGAUUCUGCAGGUUCUCUAUAAUCCAAUUCUGGCCCUCGUCAAGUCGUCUGUGCUCGUCUUCCUCUUGAGACUGGGCGGCCACCAGCGCGGAGUAAGAUGGACCAUUUACGUCCUGAAUACGAUCAACCUGCUCACGAUGGUUGCUAUCUUUCUGACGGUUCUGUUCCAAACCAUACCCAUCAACGCUUUUUGGGAUAUGAGCGUCAAGAAACAGAGAGAGAUCGACGGGCCCUUGUUCUACAUCGUCAGCGCCAUCAUCACCAUCAUUACCGAUUUCUUCGUCCUCGCCAUACCGUUUUGGAUCUUCCUGGGAUUGAAGAUGCGCAUGGCCGCCAAAAUUGGCUUGAUUGUGGUGUUCCUAGCGGGUGGAGUGUCCAUCGUCGUGGCGAUCAUGCGAGUACACGAAUUGCGAAAGAAGUUCUACAACUUAGACCCAGGCUACGAUGCUAGAGACGGAGUCGGGGACACCUACAGCGCCAUCGAAGUCAACCUUUCCAUCAUCGCCGCGUGCGUCCCUGCUCUACGACCCCUUUUCCGCAAAUGGAUGCCGGGCAUGUUCUCCAACAAAAGCAGCAACGACAACGGCGUCUACAACAACAGCCAGUAUGCGCGCUACGGCACCGGGUACGGCACUGGAACCGGCAACGGCACAACGUCGAAGCACCACCGCAACACCGUCGGCAACGGCUUUCCGUUGAAGGACAUGCGCAGCACGCACACCGAGAUCAGGGGCCACUCUCCAGACGGCAGCGAGGAGGAGAUCAUGACGCACAACGGCAUUAUGAGAACGACCAAUGUAAGACAAAAGACGAAGAACGAUAUGAUGGUUUGA